AUGCGUGUUGCUGUCGUUGGUGCUGGGCCUGGAGGCCUCGUCACCCUCAAGUAUCUCAAGGAAGCACAUAAGUUUUUCAACAUUGACCCCAUUGAAGUUCGCCUCUUCGAACGUGAGGGCGCUGUUGGUGGUACUUUUACCCAGCGUACCUAUGAGGAUGCUGAGCUCGUUUCAUCCAAGUAUCUGACCUGCUUCUCUGACUUCCGAGCAGACUCGGAUGAUCCAGACUUUCUCAGCGCCGAGAGGUUCAUUCGCUACUUGAAGGAGUACGCGGAUUAUUUCCAUCUCUGGCCUGAGAUAUCCUUGAACACGUCAGUUACCUCUGUCAGAAGAGGUCAGGCUGGCGGCCAUGUCGUACACUAUCGCGGUGCUGAUGGUGUCGAUAUGAAGUGGGAAUGCGAUGCUGUUUCAGUCUGCACUGGGCUUCACGUCACUCCCAAUACUCCCGAUGUCAAAGGGAUGGGCAAGGUAAAGGUUGUCAAACAUUUUUCUCAGUUCAAGAAGAGAGAUGAGUUUCCUCAGGGAGGUACCGUUGUUGUCCUCGGUACUGGCGAGACCGGUAUGGAUAUUGCCCACCUUGCCGUGACCUCCCCCACGAAACGUGUUGUUCUCUGUCAUAGGCAGGGUUUCCUCGGUGCUCCAAAGAGAAUUCCCACACCUAUCUUGCUUCCCGGACUUCUUGGGAGAAGCUCCAAGCCUAACAGUCCAGAGCUUCCCAUUGACGUUAGCUGGCAAGCUCCCCUUCUUGACUCUUACCUACCACCUUUCCUUAGAGACAGAUUGUUCACGUGGAGAUUCCAAGACAUCAUUAUCAAGUUAGCCAACUGGCUAUGCUCCGGCACCACUAAAGGUGUAGACCAGUGGGUUGGCGGUCUCGACAAAGAUCGAUUCCAUACAUCUCAAAGGCACUAA